GUCGGCCAUGUUCAUGACAUCCGAAAGAAUGAACGUCUCGAUAAAAGGAGGGUGUAUAAACAUUCAAAUCAAAGGGAUGCAAUCUUAAAGAAACGUCAUAGGAUUGCAGCUUAAAACUUGUUCAACAAAUUAUUUAAAACUACUGGUGACAAAACAAUCGUCAUUGGACGCAGUGAAUAAUUGACGUUUAGUAUCGGAAGUAUGAAGAUUAUUUUGACAGGCUCCCCUUAAAAGCAGAGUGAUAAUUUUACUAAUUUCAGACAUAAUAUGUAUUCUUAUAGUAAGUGAAAGAACAAAAGAUCAUACCUUGUAUAUAGAAAACAAGGUAUGAGUGCAGUCUGUUCUCAAAAUUUUGAUUCACGAAGGUUUAAAGACGCUCUCUCGACACUAUGAUGUCUGCAGAAGAGCGAUUGAAAAAGUUGAGUGAUUUGUAUGUGGGAGGGGUGCCGAACAGCAAUGGACAGGCCCUAAGUGUGGAGACUUUGCUGGACGUUCUUAUUGUCCUCUACGACGAAUGCUGCAACUCCACACUACGCAGAGAAAAAAACAUAUCUGAGUUUCUAGAUUUUGCCAGACAGAUUGUUUCCAAGGUAAAGCAAUAUCGAUUACACAGAGAUGAUUUUGAGGUCAUUAGGAUCAUUGGAAAAGGGGCAUUCGGGGAGGUUGCCGUUGUGAAGUUAAAAUCCACUGAUAGAGUGUACGCCAUGAAGAUUUUAAAUAAAUGGGAGAUGCUGAAGCGUGCAGAGACGGCUUGUUUCAAAGAAGAGCGAGAUGUCUUGGUAUAUGGUGACAGAAGAUGGAUUACAAAUCUCCACUACGCCUUCCAAGAUGAUAACUAUUUGUACCUGGUGAUGGACUAUUACUGUGGGGGAGACCUUCUGACCCUCCUUAGUAAAUACGAGGACCGCUUACCCGAGGACAUGGCUCGGUUCUACAUCGCGGAGAUGGUGCUGGCUAUCCAUUCUCUCCACACAAUGAACUAUGUCCACCGUGACAUCAAGCCAGACAAUGUACUGCUAGACCUGACCGGACAUAUUGUACUGGCCGACUUUGGUUCUUGUCUGAAAAUGCUGGAUGAUGGGACAGUCCAGUCUUCUGUAGCUGUGGGUACCCCUGAUUACAUCUCCCCAGAAAUUCUCCGGGCUAUGGAGGACGGGCAUGGCCGCUACGGUCCGGAGUGUGAUUGGUGGUCUCUUGGAGUCUGUAUGUACGAGAUGUUAUAUGGUUUUACACCCUUCUAUGCCGAGUCACUUGUAGAAACCUAUGGAAAAAUAAUGAACCAUCAAUCCAAGUUUGAGUUUCCGACAGAUGAGGAUAUAGAAGACAUAUCAGAUGAAGCUAAAGACUUACUUCAGCAGCUUAUAUGUUCCGCAGAUACGAGGUUCGGGAAAAAUGGUUUGGAAGACUUCAUCCGUCACCCGUGGUUCAAGGGCAUCAAAUGGGAGGAAAUCCGAGAUAUGGAUGCUCCAUACAUACCUGAAGUAAGCAGUCCCACAGACACCUCCAAUUUUGAUGUAGAUGAAAGUGACUUUAGACACACUGAUACCGUGCCACCCACCUCUAAUGCCGCUUUCAAAGGACAUCACCUUCCUUUUAUUGGCUUUACCUUCACCAAAGACAGUCAAAUUUCUGACACUGGAAAUCUUCAAGAUACCUCAGGGAUUGCCACAGAAAACCUAGAAUCUCUUGCUGCAGCUGCUUUUGAGAGAAGGAUAGCUAAUUUAGAGAGAGAGAACAAAGAAUUACAAAGGAAACUAGCAGAAGCAAAUGCCACAAUUCAAAGAGGAAGUAGUUCAGGGGAGAUAAAUCCAGCUGCUGGGGCUUCUUCAGCAUCUGCUGAAUCGGAGGUUCGUCAGCUGAAGGAGGAAAUAGCUGUGUUACAUAGAGUUGUAGCAGAAUCUCAGACAGAAAUCAGUGAAGUGGAACAAGACUUUAAAAGAGCACAAGACCUCAAAAUAGACCUCGAACGUAAAAUGAGAAUUAUUGAAGAGGAGAAAAUGGCUCUUGAAAAGGACUUACAGGAUUUGAGGGACAAGUACAAGUUACAAGCAAGAGAGCUCAAAGAUGCCGUAGCCAAACAAAAGAUUGCCAUUGAACAAUUUACUGACACAAAUGAGUCGUUAUUAAAAUCUCAAUCCAAAGUUAAAGAAUUAACAAGGGAUGCCAGGAACAAAGAUGAAGAAAUAGAUGAAUAUAGACGGAAGCUAGAAAGUGUCAAAAAUGAAAGGAGGAGGGCAGAGAAAAAUGUUCAAGAGCUUCAUGGCCAAGUGGAUGAGUAUCGGGCAGAUUCCAACAAGGAAAGGAAGCUGCGAGAGCGAGCUGAGCAGUACUCCAGGGAACUAGAGCAAGAAAUAGAGGCCGCCAAAAGAAAAAAUAUCAGUCGGGGUCCCAGUGCAAGUCAAGUGUUAGAAAUGUCUCAGGAAAUCUCUAGGCUAAAAACAGAACUAGACAGAAAAAGUGUAGAAGUAGAAGAAACUAUUUCAAGACUCACAUCUAAACACCAUGCAGAAAUAAAGGACAAACAAUUCCACUUAUCAGAAGCCGAAAAUAGAAACAAAGACUUGAAACGUGAAAACAGUGCAUUAAAAGAAAAGUUAAAUAAUCAAGUUUCAAUAGAGGAUUUAAGUAACCAAAUACAGAGACUUAAGUUACAGUCCGAGCAUUCAGAACGGGAAAGGUCACAGGUCAACGAUGAAAAUGAAAGGCUGAAAGAAGAAAUCUCCUUCCAACAAUCCACGAUGAAUGACGUGGUUAAGGAGAAGAAUCAACUGGAGCAGGAGAUGAGGGAGAUUUAUGACAAACGGGAAUCAGUGGCCCAGUGGGAGGCUCAGAUCUCGGAGAUCAUUAAAUGGGUCAGUGAUGAAAAAGAUGCACGUGGUUACCUCCAAGCCUUGGCCAGUAAGAUGACGGAGGAAUUAGAAAACCUUAAAGUAAUGGGUGUGUCGGAUGAUGGGGGUCGCCAGAGAUGGAGGAACAGGAGGUCCCAGAGACUGGAUAAGAUGGAAUUGCUGACUCUCCAAUCUAAUCUGAACAGUGAAAUCCAGGCCAAGACCCAGAUCAGUGAGGAACUGACCCGGGUCAAAUCUCAGAGUGUCAGUCUAGAGAAUAAAAUUGAGGAACAGAGCCAGUUGAUCGAAAAGUUGACUAAGGAUCUUGAGGAACUUAGAGCUGAAAAUCGACAAUUACAGAACCAGAAACUCAGUGACUGGGAAAAGUCCAACCACCAGGAUACUAGUCUUAUGACAUUUAUAAAGGGCCAAUUCUCAAUACUUAAUGAUUCUGAGGAGAGUUUAAAUGACGAGGAUAGUGUAAGUGAGGAUGCAGUAUCCCGUGGGGCCGAUUCACGGACCAACUCUCGCCAAGAUCUGAGUCACGAGGAACCCCACCUCCCUUCCAGCACAUCUAGUCCUGCUAGCACCAUUCACACCAGUCACCCGGCCGGCACCACUGAGCAGGUGUAUGACCAGCCCUGGGGGGCCUCCAAGAUAGGAGCCACUUUCCCAAUAAGUCCCUCUCAAAGUCUGCCAGCACAGCCCAAAACUCAUCAGUUCCUCAUGAAAACAUUCUCAUUACCGUAUAAAUGUAAUCAUUGUACUUCACUAAUGGUGGGCAUUCAGAGACAGGGAGCUACGUGUAACGAAUGUGGUUACUCAUGUCACAUCCACUGUAUGGAGAAGGCCCCAAUGGUGUGCCCAGUCCCUCCCGAUCAAACUAAGCGACCUAUGGGUAUAGAUGUUUAUAAAGGAAUAGGCACAGCCUAUGAAGGUUAUGUUAAGGUUCCUCGAUUAGGAGGAAUCAAGAAAGGCUGGACGAGGCAGUUUGUUGUAGUCUGUGAUUUUAAAUUAUUUUUGUAUGAUAUUAAUCCUGAUCGUAACCAGCCCAGUCAUAUAGUUCAACAAGUGCUAGAUAUGAGAGAUGAAGAGUUUACAGUGAGCCCAGUGCUGCCGUCAGACGUCAUUCACGCUAACAAGAAGGAUAUUCCUUGUAUAUUUAGGGUGACAACCAGUGAAUUAAAUCCACCAGGAUCUAAACACCAGGUUUUAAUGCUGGCCGAGAGUGAACAAGAACGGCAUCGCUGGGUGGGCGCUCUUAAUGAGCUUCACAAACUUCUACGCAAAAAUAAGCUUCCAAAUAAAGCUGCCUAUCUUGCACAAGAAGUUUAUGACAAUGCUUUAUCUCUAGUCAAAGGAACAUUUUCCGCUCAAGUGCUAGAUUCAAAUCGUGUGGUCCUGGGAACAGAGGAUGGACUCUUUGUUGCUCAGUUAGCAAAAGAUGUGUUGCUAAGAGUUGGAGACAAAAGUGAGAAGAAACCUGUCUUUCAAGUGGAACUUGUUCCCAGUGAACAGUUGGUGGUCUUUAUCAGUGGUAAACAGAAGCACAUUAAGCUGCUUCAUCAGUCAGGAUUAGAGGGCCAUGACACUGACCCCGUCAAAAUCCCUGAAACCCGGGGCUGUCAGUUGUUCUCUGUAGGGACAAUUUCUCAUGGAAUACAGGGCGGUUCCAUCACUUGUCUUUGUGUAGCAAUUAAACGAACAGUGCAAGUCUAUGAACUGAACAAAACACGCCAAAAGUUUCGCAAACUGAAGGAAAUUCAGGUGCCUGGGCUUGUGCAGUGUUUAGAGAUGAUGAGCCAAGGGCUAUGUGUGGGAUGUCCUUCUUAUUUUGCUAUUUAUAGUGUUCAAGGGGAUUCCCCACCUACAGCUUUAUUGAAUGCAGAGGAUAAUUCUCUCCAAUACCUGUGUCGAACACAAAAUGACUCCCUGCUGGCAGUGGAGUUACCAAAGAAUGAAUUUCUACUGGUCUUUAGUGUUUGUGGUGUGUAUGUAGAUUCUAGCGGAAGAAGAAGUCGUCCUUAUGAACUCAUGUGGCCCGCUCAGCCCCACGCUGUUGCCUACAAGGAACCCUACCUCACAUGUUAUACAGAAAAUACAGUGUACAUGUUUGAAGUGAAUCAAGGAGAGUGGGUCCAGACACUGUGUUUGAAAAAGACAAAGCCCCUUUCACGGGAUGGCUCACUGAAUCUCUAUACCAAUCUGGACAUGCAGUAUAUAGUUUACUUCAAAGAUUUACAUGCAGAAGAAGACAUCCUAGCUGUAUCAGAAAUCUUUAAGGGGAAAAGUGUCAAUCGUAAUAAACGGAGGUUUUCUUUUAAAACAAGAGACGAUCAUGAUCGUGGAUCACGGGGCCCUGAACGGAGAUCUCGGGAAAUCUCAGCUCCGAUGUCCUUCAGUCAUGUGGCUCACAUGGGGCCGGAUCAGGUGUUCUCCUCCGGCACCACCCACAGCGUUCCUACUGCCACCCAGUCAGACAGGAGGUCAAAGGUUAUAUCUGGUCCUAUCAACUUCAGUCAUGUGGCCCACAUGGGACCAGACCAAGGAAUGCAGGCACUUAUUGACCUGCCUAGGGGUGCUCAGAGUGGAAAUGGAAUGCCAACAAGCCCAGGGGUGGAUCCAAGCCAAAAGAACAAGCUAUUCUCCAUGAAAGCUCUUCAGGAAGUUCAGAUGAGGGGGGCCAGGACAUCAAUGUCACAUCCAAAUGGAAGUGCAAGGCGUGAUUCAAGUUCAAAGGUCGGAGCUAUGAACAACAGUCCUCGUCAACCAUCAGCUUCCUACCCUGAAAGUCCCGACACGUCUAACGAUACGUCAUCUCUCGGAGAUCUCUCCACUGCCAUAUUUGAGUACAUUGAUGAUAGAAGGGAUAUAUUUGAAGACAUCUCAUUUGACCGGCCAGGCACACGUUUAUCUGUGGCCUCCACUGCCAGUAGUACCUAUAGCAGCGCCUCGGCCCGAGAAAGUCUGUCUGAGGAGCAUCACCAGCAGGAAGAGCCCGAGAUCGAGACAUCUCACCUGUGAUUAAUCUCACCUGUCAGAACUCCCUGUGAGAUAUAGCCAGAUGACAUGAACUCUGCUGUUGGGGAUGGUCACAUGACACAUGGCGUGGCAGUGUACAAUUAAGAGUUAUUUCCCCAUCAUAUUUUAGCCUCCAUUGUUUCUAAUAUACAUGGCUUAAUGGUUCAGCUGUCGUCAUGCUUCAGUGAUCACAUGUUAGGAAAAAAGUGUCAAGUGUUCAUUCUGAAUCUGUGGUGUAGUGUCGAAGGGUAGAUAUUCAAUGUUUAGUAUAUGUGUGUCAUGGCUAUAAUCAUGAUCAAAUCGAUCUGUUCUCUGAUCAAAAUCUUUUCCCUCUCUAAGGAGUCUGUUUUCUGUGGUUGUUUUCCUAUUACUGUUACUGAAGAUCUGAGAGUUUUUAAAUCAUGUACUAGGUCCAUUUUGUAUAAAUUGUCACAAGAGAUUAUAAUAAUGUUUCCCCCUGUAAUCCCAACUAAUUAUAUAUUGUUUGUCAUUUACACACAGUAUUUAUCAAGCCCCAGAAAUGUGAUUAUUACAUGAGAGAGAUAUAUAUAUUAAGCCUAUUUUUUAGAAGUUUUUCUUUAAAAGCAUCUGUUUAGGCCACUAGUUUUACUAAGUUUUUAUUACAUGGUUAAUUUUUACAGCGAAUGAUUAUGAUUUUUAUGAGUGGCUUGGUGUUAAUUUUUCUGUUGCUACGUAUAGUAUCAGCAUGGAUUUCAAUUUAUGUCUUCCAUUUUUUUGUGGUCUGAUCUAAUGUGAUACAACAACAGGUGCCCCCCCCCCCCCCCACAAGUGAUGUGAGAUGGGCCAGCUCCCCCCUAUGUACAUGGUGCUCUACUGACUGUACUUAACAAACCAAAGCAAAUAUCAGUUUCUUUUUUAUUUGCCAUGUGUACAGAAUGGUUCUUCGUUUUUUUGUGCCAAAUACAUUUUACAGAUAAUUGAUAGGACAUGUGAUGUGUAAACAAGUCUAGCACUUUAUUUCCUUUUUUUCUUCCAGAAUUGUUAUGGUUUGUUUUCAAAUGUUAUGCUUGCUUCUAAUAUCUGAUUUAGUAUUUACAUAAUUUGAACUUCAUAUUUCAAUGAAGCUAGCACUUGAUAAUAGCAAUUAAGUAUAGUUCAGUUAAUUUGUUCAUUAUAUAUUGGGUUUCCAUCAAUGUUUUUAAAAUUUUUAGGGAAAAAAAUUCUAUAGUUCAACUUGUAAGACUAGUUUAUAUGUUAUAUUUUGAAUGAUGAUGCCAGCCCUUGUAGAUCUGAAAAGACAUUUUACAAAUAGAAAACUAGUGGACAAAAAUUUGAAAUGUGAAGUUAGGAGAGAAUUUGUUUUUAAAUGGCAAUGCAAUAGCUUGUCUCAUAGUACAUUACAUGUCAUUCAUUAUCCCAAUAGUGUGUACCAGAAUAUUAAUUAUAUUAAUUAUGAUAACUAAUAUAUUAUGCGGUCAGUGUGGUGACCUGAUAACUGAUUGGGAGUGGUGCGUAGAUGGGCAUACGGUGUAGAUAGGUGUGACUAGGGACACAACAUUACACAUUACAUUCCAGUGACAGAUUAAUUAGCACUGGACUGGGUGUCCUUCACACACUGGUAGUUCUAGUACAGCUGCACUCAGCCAUCCGUUCUCAUGUUUCCAUGGGAACCGUGCCAUAACUUCUCUGUGUAUUCUACCUCCGCUAGAACAAAUCAUUUCUCUAUUUCCUGUAUGAUUGAUCUGAAGAUUUAAUGUCUGGGUAAUUUAUCACCAAUGAGCAGCAACACAAACUUGGCAUUCUGAGAAAAUAUAAGUAAUACUGAUAGGCCAAUUUAAAUACAAGUUGACUUACCCUUUAAAACCAAGUCUAUUUUAACCCCUCCCCCUCCCCAUCAAAGUGCACGAUAUCUCCCAUUUAAGAAAAAUAGGUCACAAGUUUAAUAGUAAGUUUACCCCCCACCCCCUUUAAAUAAAAAGUGCACACCUUUAAGUACAAGUCCACCCUGCUAGGAUUGAGUUUAGUAUCCUCUAAAGACCAGCCUUCACUCCCAGUAAGAUGUUUCAAGUUUUAGUAUUUUAGCAAAACUCAAUCUGGCCCCAAAGAAACUUUUAUCAUUAUUUCAGAAAGAUUACUUAAUCCAAUUUGAAAUGAAUAAAUAUAUAUAUUUAAAAUAGUAGUAUCUGAUGGAAAAAAAAUCAUGUUUUUUUUUUUUCAUUCCACUCUUUUAAACAUCGUGCUAGGCAUAGAGUAUAAAUUGUUAUAAUGUGAUGGUUGACCUUUGACCUAUGAGCCUGCAUACAUUAAGGUAGUUGUUCUUCAUACCAGGAAUCAAAAUAAUUAAGUGCAAUUGAGGGUGUACAUAGUGUGAAGUUGAUGAUGUAUAUAUGUAUAUGUGGCGCUGUAUAAACUGCAUAUCAGUCAGGCUGUCUGUAGCUCCCAAUGUGUAGGCCUCUGCUUAUUACUGUAUAGAAGUUUUUUAACACAAUAAUUAUUAACUGUGUAUUAAAUGCAAAUUAUAAAAAAUGACAAUGAAACAGACAAUUAUUAAAAAACUGCUGGAAAUAUCA